AUGCUUCCUAAGAUACUUAAGACCUCACUAUGGCAACCACUCUUGGACGAUAAACUCUUAGGAAUGGGCAAUAUCAUGUCAGUAUCCUUUGCCCCCGAAUGUACCGAUGCUAAAACGCAGUAUGAUGACUGCUUCAACAAAUGGUACACGGAAAAGUUUUUGCAGGGCAAAUCGCUUCACAAUGAGUGUACUGAACUUUGGGAUGACUACAUCACUUGUGUGAAUACGGCUUUGGCCCAGCACAAGAUAAAGCCCAUGUUGGACAAGGCUCGUGAGGAUCAGCCUUUUGGCGAGGACUUGCUGAAAAAGGACAAAUAA